CCUUAACAACACGGCGAAGGAAAGCCGUUUCGGGAGCUUCUGGAAUGCUGUACCACUGACAUUCUCCUCGGUGUUAUUUCACCAGCUGAUGCUCCACAAAAUGAAAGUGGAUGCUCAGGAGGAGUUGAGGAUGAGGUUUUAUGUUGGUCGGAAGGAGGUCCGAUUCGGGGUGCUGGAGUUUGCACUCAUUACGGGUUUGGACUUCUCCUCGGGGCCAACAGAAGAGGAGAAGGCUGCGCAGGUCGCGCGCUCGGGGUCAGACCGAUUGAUCAACAAAUAUUUCAACCGGUCUGAUAGUGUGAAGACAGAAGCACUCCAACUUCAGUUCACAAACUGCCAGAACCCGGAAGACUUGUACAAGCUCGGCUUGUGCUUGUUUGUGGAGUCAGUGCUUCUGGGCCGCGAGGCCAACGCGCUGAUCACGCCUCACAUACUUAGAUAUGUGGAAGACCUCGAGUUCUUCUUCCGGAUUCCUUGGGGGAAGCACUCAUUCGCCAGACUCAUGCACUCGCUUCAGAAAGACAUGUUGAAACAGAAGGCCAACUACGAGAAGAAGCUGAGUUCGGAUGUUCAGCACGAGUGCAAAUACACAACAUAUGGCUUCGCACCUGCAGUCCAAUAUUGGGCGUACGAGGCCAUUUUGGAGGUUGGCAAGAGGUAUGGCACGAACCACGGGAUUCGGUUCCCCAGGAUGCUUAGCUGGACGAGCAAAGGCGAUAUUGGGAAGAAAGACGUCAGCGCAUUAUUUUCUAGACGGAAUCUGGAAGUGGUGAAGGGGCUACUUCCACGGACAGAGGAGGAGGCAUUUGUGAGGACAAUUUCUUACGAUGGUGUGGAGAACCUGGUUGAUGAUGUUGUGGAUGACACAGAGGCUGAGGCAGGUAGUCAGGUACCAGAGACUCAGGUCCCAGACACUCAGGAAAGAGACACUCAGGCCACUGGUUCAGAACCUCAGCCCAGUGCACCAUCUUCAUCAGGCGUUCGGGGUGCCGAGUACACUGAUUUAGUGGCUCGGUUGGAUAGGAUCGAGGGUGACACUCAGGGUCUGUAUGCUGCUCAUGUCGAGCUGAAGAAGGCAUACGAGACCAGCCAUGUAGAGCUGAAGGGUGGUCAGAACGUAAUUAUGGAGCAGCUCAGACACAUAUUGGCCAUGUUGAAUCGUCCGCCAACGAUGGCUUCAGCACGGAGGCCCUGGCGAGAUCCAUCUACCCCACCACCACCGCUUCACCCCCGGUAG